AUGCUGUCACGGAUUUGGAGUCUCUUUUCUGCCAAGAGGCCGCCCAGCGAGCCCAGCGACCCUGCGCGCUCGGAGCCACCGGCCAAGCGGCAGGCCUUGGAGCGUCAGCGUCCGGCAGCAGUUAGCGCUCCGCGUCAGCCAGCGGCUCCCGAGCACGAGGAGUGGGAACAUGUCCGAAGUGAGCGGGCAAGACCCCAGGGUCCAGAGGAGUUCUACAUGGGCGGCCCUGAGUUCAAGUUGCUUCUUCUGGGCGACGGCAAUGUGGGCAAGACUUGCUUCGUGAAGCGACAUCUUACUGGCGAAUUUGUCAAGAGGUACCAACCCACAGAGGGCUGUGAAAUGAAGAAGCUCAAGAUCUCCACAAGCAAGGGCCCCUUGCUCUUCACGGUGUGGGACUGCGCUGGGCAGGAACACCUGGCUGGUCUCCGCGACGGAUACUUCAUAGGCUCCCAGUGUGCCAUUGUUUUCUUUGACGUCUCGAAUCGAGAAAGUCACAGGAACGUCACGCAAUGGGUGACGGACCUGCGCAAAGUCACGGGGGAGAUCCCCAUCGUUGUGGUGGGAAACAAAGUGGACCUCCCACAGCGAGUGGUCAAGGCACAAGAAGGCUCCAUGAUGAUGCGAAAGUUGAAGGUCCAAUACUACGACUUGAGCGUGAAGAAUCGACUGCACAUUGAGAUGCCUCUCCUGUGGCUGGCCCGGCGGCUCCUCAACGACACGGAGUUGAGGCUCACUUCCGAGCAGGCGUCGUUGCCCAGGACUCCGAGUGCACCCAGCAGCAUGCAGCGGAGGCAAGCUGAGCUGGAUUUGGCCUGGGCUUCCAAUGAGGAGGAUGCGAAGGACAGUUUCGUCUUCGCCUGCAGGGAGUUGUCAUUUUUGAAUGUGGUCCUGCCGGUCCUCAUCAUCUGUGCGGAGUCCAAAUUCCAGGACACCUUCAUUCUGUUCAUUCUGUUCUGGCUGCAUCUGCGGCCUUUGUUGCAAGGCGGCUUUCACGCACAGCACAGGCUGGUGGAAGUCCUCUCUGUUGCACUUCAUCCUUCAAAGCCACGAGAUCUGGUGGUUGUACAGGUGACUGACCCUGACUUCCCGGACGCGCCUCCGCUACCGGUGGUGACGGAACCGCUGUGGUGCACCGGCGACAAGGCUCUCCUGCUGCAGGUGGGCUGUCGCGUGCCCAAAAAUGUUGCCCGCUUCCAAGGGCUUUUCAGAGAACUGGCAGGUGCUGCAUUGGCCAAAAACCAGGGUGCCAUGGAAGGGCCCUUGAAAGUGGCCGGUGUGGAAUCCAUGGGGUUGCUAUUGCCAUGGAAGCCAGGAAGUAUGGAGCGCGAGAAGGACUUGGAGCGACUGGAGGCGUUUCAGUCGCGGGUUGCCAUUCAGUUGGCCUUCUGUGGCGACGAUUUUCGUGGAUCCUUGGGCAGCGACGCAUCUGUAGAGGUUGCCGUGCGCAACGCGCUGCUUCAAGUUGGUGUCGUUCCGGCUAUGCAAAAGCCACCUUUUCAACGUCUCAGCCGUACAGAUGCAGGUGUACAUGCUCGAAGCUUCUGGCUGGUGGUUCCGCUAUUGCGUGUGCAGGCCUCAGAUCUGGAGGCAGAUGGCACCUGUCCUGGCCUCGCUGCAGCUUUGAACCGUCGCUUGCCGGAGAGCCUUCGCAUCCUUGAGGUCGUACGCAUCCCCUUCGCAUCAGAUGUGCCAGUUGCCUGCGAAGCUCGGGAGUAUCGCUACUACUUGCCGCGGUCUCUUGUGGGUCCGUGUCGUGGCGAAGUGGACCUCGCAGUGGAGAGUCGGCUGGCUGCUGCGCUGCGUUGUUGCCAGGGACGGUGGCCUUUUUUGAACUUCACGAGGCCAGAAAACUACAAUGCUUUGGAACAAGAACUCCGACGCACACAAGAGACAGAAAGGUGGCUUCGGGAGCUCUUUGGUCAUCGACGGCGCAGACGCGAACGAGGCUAUCCUCCUGAAAAUCGCGUUGCGACGAAUCCACUCUUGCAGUUGGUGCCAGAGGAAGGACGUGAGUUGACGAUUCGUGAGCUUGGUGAGUGCGAGCUGAUGCCAGGUAGUAUAACAGCUGUGGAUUCCACCGAGGAGUUCUUGUGCAUUCGCAUGGUUGGAGAAGGGUUCCUGAACAGCAUGGUUCGCUUGGUAGUUGGAUCCUGCUUCGCCGUGGCAAGAGGCAUUCUGCCAAUCUCAGAGUUGCGCGAAGCCUUGGAAGCCAAGAGUGUCGUGGACUUGUCCGAGUUUGUGGCACCUGCAGCAGGCUUGGUGCUUCACGAUCAACACUUUGAUGCGAAGAAAGUGCCCUGGCUGCCUUUCAGUGGCACUGAAGCAGCAGACAGCUACUUGCGAGAGCAAAUCCUGCCUCGUGUGGAGCGGGCCUGGCGCAAGACUCGCAGCCCUGGCGUCUGGUAUCAGUGCGAGUCCGAGCUGCUGACUCACUGUCUCACCGACUGUCGCACAGUUGACAGAUGUUGA